AUUUGUCGGGUCCUGGCUCUAGAGAGCCCUACACGCAUGCGUGCUGCGAGACCCGGACCCGGAAGCGGAUACUAUGGCGGCCGCUAGGGUCCCGUUCAAUGUGUCUCUGCGGGAAGCCACCCAAAGAAAAUUGCAGAAGUUUUCAGAACUGAGAGGCAAACCUGUGGGAGCUGGAGAAUUCUGGGACAUAGUUGUACUAACAGCUGCUGAUGAAAAGCAGGAACUUGCUUAUAAGCAGCAGCUGUCAGAAAAGCUGAAGAGAAAGGAAUUACCCCUUGGAGUUCAAUAUCAUGUUUUUGUUGAUCCUGCUGGAUCCAAAAUUGGAAAUGGAGGAUCAACCCUGUGUGCUCUUCGAUGUUUGGAAAAGCUAUAUGAAGAUAAAUGGAAUUCUUUCACUAUACUAUUAAUUCACUCUGGUGGCUACAGUCAACGCCUUCCAAACGCAAGUGCUCUGGGGAAAAUUUUCACUGCUUUACCAUUUGGUAACCCCAUUUAUCAGAUGUUGGAAUUAAAACUAGCCAUGUACAUUGAUUUCCCCUCACAUAUGAAUCCUGGCAUUGUGGUCACUUGUGCAGAUGAUAUUGAACUGUAUAAUAUUGGAAAAUUUGAGUAUAUUAGAUUUGACAAACCUGGCUUCACUGCAUUAGCUCAUCCUUCUAGUUUGGCUGUAGGUACCACACAUGGAGUAUUUGUCUUAGAUCCUUUUCAUGAUUUAAAGCACAGAGAUCUUGAAUAUAGGUGUUGCCACCGUUUCCUUCAUAAGCCCAGCAUAGAAGAGAUGCAUCAACUUAAUGCUGUGUGUAGACCUGGAAAUUUUUGUCCACAAGACUUUGCAAGGGGAGAUGCUGUCUGUCUUCACUUAGACUCUGAGUAUGUCUAUACCGAUAGCCUAUUUUACAUGGAUCAUAACUCUGCAAAAAAGUUAAUUGCUUUUUAUGAAGAAAUGGGCACACUGAACUGUGAAAUAGAUGCGUAUGGUGACUUUCUUCAGGCUUUGGGACCUGGAGCAACUGUGGAGUACACCAGAAAUAUGUCAAAUGUCACUAAAGAAGAAUCCAAGUUGAUAGAUGUAAGGCAGAGAAUAUUUCAUCUUCUUAAAGGAACAUCACUAAAUGUUGUUGUUCUUAAUAACUCUAAGUUUUAUCACAUCGGAACAACUGAAGAAUAUUUGUUCCAUUUUACUUCAGAUAGCAGUUUAAAGCUAGAGCUUGGUUUGCAAUCAGUAGCUUUUAGUAUCCUUUCAUAUAUUCCAGAAUGUUCUGGCAAGACAUCCUGUAUCAUUCACAGUAUACUGGAUUCAGGGUGCUCCGUGGCACCUGGCUCGGUUGUAGAAUAUUCCAGACUGGGGCCGGAUGUGUGUAUUGGAGAAAACUGCAUUAUUAGCAGUUCUUCUGUCAUUUCCAGUGUUGUGCCUGCAUAUUCUUUUCUGUAUUCCGUCAGCUUGAGGAAAAAUGAACACGUGAAGUAUUCAACUAUGGCAUUUGGAGUGCAAGACAACUUGAAAAGCAACGUUAAGACAUUAUUAGAUAUAAAGUUCCUUCAGUUCUUUGGAAUCAGUUUUCUGUCAUGUCUAGAGAUUUGGAAUCUUAAAGUUACAGAGGAGCUGUUUUCAGGAAGCAAGGCACAAUUCAGUUUGUGGACUGCUCGCAUUUUCCCAGUUUGUUCUUCUGUGAGUGAAUCAGUUACAGCGUCCCUGAAGAUGUUAAAUGCUGUGAAGAGCAAUUCACCCUUCAAUCUGAGUAGCUAUCAGCUGAUAUCUAUUGAAGAAAUGCUCCUCUGCAAAGAUGUAGAAGACAUGAUUGCUUACAGGGAGAAAAUUUUUCUGGAAAUUAGUUUAAUUAAAAAUAAACCUCACUUAGAGGUAUCUUAAAUAUUGUAUAUAUUGAAGAUAAUCUUAAAUAUGUAUUAUAUAUAUUUGCAAGAUUCCAAAAACAGCAUUUUCUGUAAAUCUCUUUUGUUUCAGUAAAGCAAAUUAAUGACAGUGCUAAUGUAAUUACUGCAGCAUAAUAUUAAUAACAAAAAUACAAAUAAACUACCUUUGAUGGAAGAUUAUUACAAGACAAAGUUCGGAAAAGGGGUACUGAUAGAUUUUUCCACUAUUUUAAUUUUUAAUAAGGAUGGAUUUGUGGAGCACUGUUUUGUUCAUCUAAUAAAUAUUUGACUAAUUUUCACAGUGUACUAUUUUUACAUACUAACAAAAAUGGCAUAUCUCAGGGUCUUGCAAGUGCUCUAGAACACUGCAAGAAUACUCUUUCAGAAAAAAAUUCAUAGCUAACAAAUCAGAUUAAACUAAUGCCCAAUAUAUUUUCAUUUUUGUGGUUUAGUAGAUAAAAGAGCACUAAACUUGCUAAGUAUUUGCAUCUUUUUUUUUUGAUCCAGUAUAUAUAUUCUAUCUAUGCCCUUUAAUAUGUUCAUGUAUCAUCAAUUUUCUCUAAUCAUGUAAUUUCACUGUGGACAUUACUUUUAUCCUCUCAAUAAUCCUUUUAAUAGAAUUAAGUUGCCAGGUAGACUGAUUUUACUUUCCCUUUCUUAUUUUCUGUCCACGUACUAAUGGUGAUGAUGAGAAGUUAGAAUUUUCCAAAAGAUAGCCAGCAGGAGGGAGAGAGAAUAGGAAAACCCAGAUAAUACACAGAUGAUAAACAACGUCAAGGUAAUAAAAACUGGCUGUAAUCCCACACUAUGUGUUCCUGUCUUGGUAUACAUAUGAUUGAAAUGUCUUCAUAUCAAAGUCUAACAGACAAACUUUGUCAGAGUUUUGUAUUUUACAAUGACAAAUCGGAAUAAGAAUUGAUCUUUGCCACUUUUAUUUAUAAGUGUCAAUAUAAAAAUUGGUAAAUUAAAAAUGACUUGUCUGAAAUCCUCAGUUAUUUACAGAUAUAUAUAUAUACAUAUUUCAAAGUUCUUUGAAAGGAUAAAAUAAAAUAUAUAGUAGCUAUUUUUAGAACAUUUGCAGGAUAUGUUAAAUAAAACUAAUUUUACCUGAAGUGCUAUUAGUUUAAAAAUCACUAUUUUAUGUUCUACAAGAGAAAAGGUACUAUCAAUAAAGUAUGACAAUGCUUUCUUGUUA